AUGCUUUACCAUGCAUAAGACUGCAUAACCGACUGCCCACAGUACUACACAGCUGUAGGAAUAUUAGCCACGCCCUUUCCUUUCUACAUUUUAGAUUAUAGUGUGCAGAGGAUUGUCUUUUACAUGAAGCAUGUAACUAAUAUUGAUCCUUACAGUCCAUACUAGUAUACUAGCACACCACUAGUAUCCUAGAGAGAGAGAGAUUACAUUUCCUUUUACAACCUAUAUUAUCUAAUACUUUAGAUAUAUCCUUGCUAGUGUACUAGCCUGUUUCUGAUGCUCUGUUUAAGGAAAAUUCACCAAUCACAAUUUUCCCUUAUACUGUUGCCAUGGUGAAUUUUCCCCACUUCUAUAAAACUCCCUUAAGGUGGUUGGCUUGAAGCAAUCACAGUUGUGCUCUAUUAUUAACAACGUAAUGAAAAGUGUUGUCCUCUAUAUUGAAGAUUCUAUCAGCUCCCUCAUUCACACAAGAUUUCCUAAUAUAUCUUUUGGGAAGCACCCACAGGGCCAUUCUCAUACCACAUGCGCUGUAACCGUGGCUACAGGCAUAGAUGAUCUCUUGAGGGCCUCCUUUUGCUCCCAGCAUGCUUGCUGACACUAAUCUGCAUACUCACUGCAAUCCCCUUCGCUGACAGUGGCAAGAUUAGAUUAGUGUCUUAUGCUGGGGCUAGAGAAUCGAUCUGGGUAAAAGUUGCACAGCCGCAUGUGAUAGAAACUCACAGAGGACACACUGAAAUGUGCUUUUUGUGUUGGGUCUCUCUAUCUGUUGUGCAAAUACACUAUGUCAUCACUGAGUCUAUUAGCUGCACAGUGCACUUGACGUUCUUGUGUUGUUCCCUUUCUGUGACUGUUUUUUUUUGGGGGGGAGUAGUUCAGGAGGUAAUAACAGGCCUGUGUUCAUAACAUUAGUUUAAUUUAUAAUGAGGCAACUGACUUGACAAGUUUAGAGAAAUUUAAGGAUUGGUUAGGAGUGUGACUAACGUUUCCAUCAUUCAGUUAGUGCUGUAGUAUGCCUACUGAUCUGUUAUAGUAAAAGCAGAGUCAGCUCAUCAUCCUGUGAUGGAACCAGAAGGGCCAGAUGAUGCUUGCGUGACCCAUGGCUGUUUUCUUCAGCAAGUUUUAAAUUGCCCCAACUAAUCCCAACACAGCCAACAAAUUUUCCCUUACUUAAUUUCUCCCCUUGUCUUGUAAUACUUAUUUGUCUGAUAAAAUAAAAAAUGUGCUUGGCUAAAUGGGGGGUGUCUUCUCAUUGUAAAACGAUACCUUCCCUGUACCGGCUCCACUGACAUCUGGCUAAUGAGCUCUAAUCACAUUACAUGUCAAGCAGGAGGAACCGAGCGCACAACAGAACAGGCAGGAAGCUGUGGGUGAACACAGGAAAUUGGUUUGUUUUAAAAUUCCCAAUAACUUUUCCCAGCAAGCCUGAUAUUCCCUGCCAGUAUGGCUACCUGGUGAUAACUGAUGAUACAAAAGGGUUUCCUAAUUAUUUCCUUCUUUUACAGUAUGGCUGAGAAGUAGUUUGACCACUGACUGGCACCCAUUAGGUUUAAACAACAAUACUAACUGGCGUGCUAAUACAGUGUUAAGCCUUUACUAGGCUGUUUUAUAAGACAACUUACAUAGUAUGACCUAGGACAGACUGAAAUAUCCCCAUACAAUGUCACCAUUAUCCCUUGACAUACAAAUAAAACAAGUAUUAAGGUAAUGACACAAUUUCCUUAUUUAAUUAUCUUUAAUCUGAUGUAGGUUAUUAAUCUUAUUUGUUUGUCUUUUUAGAUAAGCUUGUAUCAUUUGUUCAUGAAACACAGGUCAGGUUCAAUGAUGUUUUACUAUAAUUUAAUGGUGGCUAUUCUAUGAUGGCUCAGGUUGGACCAUAGACAGUCUAUGGGUUGGACUGACUGUAGUUUCUUUUAAUCAGUGGGCUACAGAGAGUGUGAUUUAAUGCCGCUAAGUGUCAAAUUUCUGCGUCUCUUGUUGCAUAGCAACCUCCAAAUAAUGGUUGUGACCCCAGAAUGAAAAGAACGAGCUAUAUCGUCUGAAGACAGCAUGUAUCAGCGUGCGGAGAUAUGUCUACCUCGAAAGAAGAGGGUACAAGAAUCCUUCCGGAUCUUUGAUGAAAAGGUGCCGGAUCGAUUAAGUCCGGACGAAUUCUACAAGGACCAUAAAUAUGAAACCAGAGAUCGAAGAGAAACGGAGCUGCUGAAAUCGCAUAACAUCCCGCAGCCGUACAACGCGAGGUUCAUUCGAACCAAUGCCAGAUUCUUUAAUGAGCCUAUUGCUUAUAUGGAAACCGACGGCACAAUGGCUGAACAGUUUAAAUGGUGGUCAGAUGUCCUGGACAAGGAAACAGUACACAGAAAAGCAGCAUACAGUAAGGACAGCACUCAGAGGACUGAUUACCAGCCCAUCACACACACUGCAGUAACCAGAGUCCGAGAGGGAAGAGACAGGUCUCCAGCUACAGGAAUCGUUCCGACUCUGAGCCCCCUUGGACAGCCUAAAGAAUUAGUGGAGUACAUGUCCUUCCUUCACCAGUAUGAUUCCAGGAGAACACAUGGCCAGCCCUACCAAGGAAGACGUCAUGGAGCCUUUGUGUGGAGUGAGAGGGGGGUGAGUGGGCCCAUCGCAUUCCAGAGCACGGCGGGGCCUCGUUCGCCCUUUGAGGGAAGAGUGAACAGACUGACCUCUUCCCAGGAGGCUCCUCCAGGCCCUCAGCAGAUGUGCAUGUCCACAGGGGCCCUCUCAUGCCGGCCAGGCCCUGCUCCUGGGAGCACCCAGAAUGCGAAGGUGGAGUGGGUGGAAGAGAUCGCUCCUCCACUGAAUGCAGUCCCACAAGGACCAUAGCCUCAUACCACAUAUGUCCCCACUUUUGGUUUAGCUACCACAAAAUGAAUUGAUGUAGUCACUGGACCUUGUGACAUGCGCUGGAACUUGUGACAAAUUACAGUGUUUCACAAUUA